UGAGCACUUUUCUAAACAUUGUUGUGAAUUUCCAGCAUUUCUCCGGGGAGGCUGCUAAAGGGGCUGGGCUGACGACAGCAACCUCCACACCUGACCGCCUCCAUCACAUCCGAGCACCGCGGAGCUUCCUCGGCAGCAGCACGGCGCCACACUCGCCACUGGACUGGACGCGGAGCUUCCGUUUCCUUGUGACCGCUGAGAGCUCUUUUGUUACCCGGAGGGCACAGAGAGAGAGAGAGACGAACAACCGAUGCCGCCUCGCCGCCACUCCAACAGCAGAAAUGGAGCACGUCCAACCAACACCGGCUCUUGUCUCUCCCCCACGACGACCAAGCUGCUUCUUCUUCUUCUUCAAAUGAAACAUUCAGCCGGACAAAAGUGAUCAGCAAACAAAUGCUUCAACCAACAUCCAGCAGACUGAGUGUGCCAAACUUUAAAUAACACAAUCACUCAAAAACACACAAUCACACACAGACACGAACACACACACACACACACACACACACACAACAUGGCUCUGGAGGAUUCCGUCCUGUCGCCUCGCCCAGACUCGCUGUCGCUACCUGUGGAGGACAAGCCAGAAGCCGCAGAAGUCUCUUCCUCCGCUGGGGUCUUCAAUGUAUCUGAGGAACUGGGUCAUGUGGUCACCACUGAGGCGCCGCCCUCCCCUCCCGUGUUGGCUAAGGUCAACAGGUCGUUCCAAUCCAAGAUGGCCGAGCGGGAGGCCCAAGCCAAUCAAACCAGAAAGAAAACCCCGGGGGCGGAGAAGGAGAGGGGGCGAUUUGGGUGGGCUCGCACUCGCCGCAAGAGGCAGCGCUACGUGGAGAAGAACGGCCGCUGCAACGUGCAGCACGGCAACAUGCGCGAGACCUACCGCUACCUGACGGACAUCUUCACCACGCUGGUGGAUCUCAACUGGCGCUGCUCGCUCUUCGUUUUUGUCAUGGCCUACGCCGUCACGUGGCUCUUUUUUGGCGCCAUCUGGUACCUGAUAGCGUACUGCAGGGGUGACCUGGACCACCUGGAGGAUGAGACGUGGACGCCGUGCGUCAACAACGUCAACGGCUUCAUCUCGGCCUUCCUCUUCUCCAUCGAGACGGAGACCACCAUAGGCUACGGACACCGCGUCAUCACCGACCAGUGUCCCGUGGGCACCAUUCUGCUGCUGCUGCAGGCCAUACUGGGCUCCAUGGUCAACGCCUUCAUGGUGGGCUGCAUGUUCGUGAAGAUCUCACAGCCCAACAAGCGGGCGGAGACGCUGGUGUUCUCCAAACAUGCCGUCAUCUCGCUGCGGGACGACAAGCUGUGCCUGAUGUUCCGGGUGGGCGACCUGCGCAGCUCACAUAUCGUGGGAGCCAACAUGAGGGCCAAGCUCAUCAAGUCCAAGCAGACGCAGGAGGGCGAGUUCAUCCCCCUGGACCAGACGGACAUCAGCGUGGGCUUCGAGACGGGCGACGACCGCCUCUUCCUGGUGUCGCCGCUGGUGAUCUCACACGAGAUUGACGCCCACUCUCCCUUCUGGGACAUGUCACAGGCUCAGCUGGAGAAGGAGGACUUUGAGAUUGUGGUCAUCUUGGAAGGCAUGGUGGAGGCCACAGGGAUGACCUGCCAGGCUCGCAGCUCCUACCUGACCGAGGAGGUGAUGUGGGGCCACCGCUUCAGCCCCAUGAUGUCCCUGGCUGAGGGCUUCUUCGACAUCGACUAUGGCGCUUUCCAUCACACGUUUGAGGUGGACACGCCCUCUUGCUCGGCACGGGAGCUCUCACUGGCCGCCGCCAGGCUGGACGCCCACCUUUACUGGUCCAUCUCCAGCCGGCUUGACGAGGAGCCCACCCUGGCCCAGCAGGGGUCCAAGCAGGCGGAGAGCGGGCCCGCCAACGGCAAAGGUGGGACGCCUACCUUCAUUGUUGGCGACUCGACCGACGUCAGCGGUGCGCUGCCGAUCCAGGGCGAGCUGAACGGCAGCGUCGCCACCGACCAGUCGGAGUGCGAGGCAUAGAGGACAAAAACUUGUUUUACCACAAGAACAUUUCUCCCUUUGACUUUCUUUUCUAGAUUGUUCCAAGUAGGUGUGGGCGUUCAACUUUGACUUUGUUGUGUUGUCUCCAACUGCUGCCGCCUCCAUCAAUUUUGGUUGAGGUGUUAUGUUAGUACCAAUUGACAUUGUUCACUUUUAAUUAGUAGAUACUCUAAAUUCUGUACCACAAUUAGGGAUGGGUACUGAAUUUGUACUUUCAUAGGUACUUGGUACAACUGAGUUCUCGUUAAAUUAAACGGAACCAUAUGUCAAUACCUGUUGCAUAAUCGGCCCCGGCUCAAGCACUUGGCGGGCAAACAGGCGUAUUGGUAGCAGACUGCUUCUAGUUAAUGUUGCCAUUUCCCAUGCUUACAAACCAAGCAUGCCUGAUAGAAAGCACUCAAAUGUAAGCCUCUGCUUUUCAAAAUGCGUUAGCUCGGUGACGAUUUACAUUACAUUAGCAUUAGCGAUUUUACAUGGCGGUUUCAACACCUCCAAAGUUAGAAAUGUGAACUAGAACUGAGAUGCACAUUACAAUCAAACACUUUGUAGGACUCAACGAAAGACAAGACUGGCAUAUUCAACCUAAUGGCAGAGACUACUUCCUGACUAAGGCAACACACCUGGGACAAACUCAAAUGAAUGCAUACUUGCAACUGGAGGAAAUAUAUUUUAUUUAUUAACACAUUAAAUGUAUUACUGUUGAGUACUGGUACCGAUUCCCAGGUGCUUAGAAUUGGCGCCGUAUUGAAAGGUACCCAUCCAUAGACACUGUUCCUGACCUCCUGCCCACUGGGGGCGCUGUUUUUUGUGUGACAUCCUUAACACAGUAGCAGAAGGUAAACACACUUGAGUGUCUGUGUUAUGUAUAUCAUAGCGCAGGGAUGCUACUUGUCUUAGAUUAGUUAUUUUAGGAAACUAAAGCACAACAAAGGUGACUUCCUGCUUCCAAUAGCGAUGUGUACAAAUGCUUUUACUAACAAUCUAAUGUUGAUUAGAAUAAAUUAUAUU